GCAGGCGGGCCACCGGUUCCCGGCCAUGCGGGUGCUCCCGCUGGCCCUCGCCGCCGCCAUCCUCUCCGGCGUCAGCGCCAUCCUCAUCUACCUCUCCGGCCUCUCCUCAUAUGGCGGCGCGGGGCUCUCCGAGGCGGACUUGGCGGCGCUCGCCGCGCUGCAGGGAGGGUUCAGCAAGUGCGUGGAUGCGAAUGGUCUAGGACUGCAAGCUAUUGCCGGAGAGGAUUACUGCCGGGUCGUAAUACAGUACCCAAGUGACACAGAUUCCAAGUGGAGAGACCCCAAAACUGGAGAGCCUGAAGGGCUGGCAUUUGAGUUCAAUCUCUGCGAAGCUGUGGCCUCGUGGGAGCAGGUUCGCAACAGUACUACAGUACUUACAAAAGAGUACAUUGAUGCGUUGCCAAAUGGCUGGGAGGAGUAUGCAUGGCGCAGGAUCAACAAAGGAGUUCUUCUGAAUAAGUGCAGAAAUAGAACGCUUUGCAUGGAGAAACUUUCAUUGGUUCUCCCUGAGACAUCUCCAUAUGUACCUCAGCAAUUUGGGAGAUGUGCUGUUGUCGGAAACUCCGGGGAUCUUCUAAAAACUAAAUUUGGGGAUGAGAUUGAUUCUUAUGAUGUUGUCAUUAGAGAAAAUGGUGCACCCGUCCAGAACUACACGGAAUACGUUGGUACAAAGAGUACAUUUCGCCUUCUUAAUAGAGGAUCUGCAAAGGCACUGGAUAAAGUUGUUGAAUUAGAUGGUAACAAAAAGGAGGCAUUGAUCGUUAAGACAACAAUACAUGAUGCCAUGAACCAGAUGAUUCGGGAUCUUCCAAUAACCAAUCCGGUAUACCUCAUGCUAGGAACAUCAUUUGGUUCAUCUGCUAAAGGCACUGGGCUUAAAGCUCUUGAGUUUGCUCUCUCCAUCUGUGACAGUGUCGACAUGUAUGGUUUCACAGUAGACCCAGGCUACAAGGAAUGGACGAGAUACUUUUCAGAGUCCAGAAAGGGACACACUCCGCUGCAUGGCAGAGCAUAUUAUCAAAUGAUGGAAUGUCUUGGUCUUGUAAAAAUCCACUCACCGAUGCGAGGUGAUCCUGGUAGGGUUGUAAAGUGGCUACCUACCAAGGACACCAUUGAAGCUGCUAGAGUUGCCUCAGAGAAGUUGUUGAAGAGACCUGGGGCUGGAAGCGAUGCCCCGCUGAGCAGUUGCACUAUGAUAAAGGAGCGCAAGAAAGGAAAGGUGCCAAACAGAUCUGGACUCCGAGAUGCUGCCAUGAGUCACCUUGGGUACAUGAAGGGUACCACCAGGUAUCCCCUGGAACGCAAUACCGGGGGUGGUUACCUGUGCAUGAUCAAUGACAGAUAGCGCUUAACAGCCUUGGAAAUAUGGCAGACUUCAUGGUACCUUGAAGAGGAAUGCCUAGAUCAGUUCCAUUGGUGUGCAUGUAGUUUUGGAGGAGGCUCAUUUUGUGCAGAGCGGACACUUUAGUUGAUGAUUUGCCACAAGAGUGGUCAGUAAGAGUUUGUAACUAUGUUAGGUUUUUGAGUGCUGUUUGUUUGUGUAACAGAACGAACAGAUACAAUGAUGAGUGACCGUGGGUCUGAUCUUCUCA